UGAGGGCCCGGCAGCCCGCGGUGUGCGGAUGAGUUUCCUUUUCAAAGUGUGAAACCCAGGCAGCGCCUUAAAAUGCUAAAAACAGGGGCUGGGGUGUAUUAAAUGCGAUUGAAAAUAAUUCCGGGGUAGGAUCAUGCGGUCCGCUUCUGUGAACAGCAGAGCUUUGAUGGUGUGUGGUAGCUCUGAGAGCGGCACUGUGCUGUUUGGCUAAAACUCCUGAUACUUCUGUUUAGUUUUACGAAUUACUUGGCAAAUAUUAAUUUAUUCGCAAGUAUUAAACAACUCUAACAUCUGUCUUUAAAUGAUUCGUGAUAAUUUGGAGCUGGACUUCCCCUUUGACAUGUGAACAUUUCAACUUCACACUCACACAAUUCACAUUCCCUAUCUCCCUUCUCCCCCUCCUUGAUAAAAUAAAUAUUUUAAUUAAUCAGUGCUUUGUCUUCAAGGUCACUUCCUGGUACAACAGCAGCUGAAUGUGCAUUAAAUUUGAAGAAGAUAUAUACAGUACAAACAGUGCAGGGUGAGUCACACCUGUGGCAUUGCUUACCUGAGGUGUGAAACGAUUUCUGGAGUGUCUACAACAACAUUCCUCCCGUGACAAACCUGCCUCUGAGAUGCAGCUACCAUUUAAUGCGGGGAGAAAGGCGCCCGCUUUGGGAAGAAGAAAGCAAUGCCAAAGGAGGUAUAUGGAAAAUGAAGGUCCCUAAAGAAAGUACGGCUGCAGUUUGGAAAGAGCUACUGCUAGCAACUAUUGGAGAGCAGUUUACAGAUUGUUGUGCAGCAGAUGAUGAAGUAAUAGGGGUUAGUGUCAGUGUUCGUGACCGUGAAGAUGUUGUGCAAGUCUGGAACAUGAAUUCCUCUUCAGCAAGUGAAGCAAAAGUUUUAGAAAAGAUUCACAAACUUCUCCCACACACAUAUUUUAAAGCAGUCUUUUAUAAAUCCCACAGAGAGCAUCAUGCUUUUGAAGGCCGAUGUGGAAAGCAUUGAGUGCAUUGUAUGCCAAGAUCACUUGUUGUUAUUUGGUGUUUUGAGCUGGUCUGGACAAGGAGGAGGAUGCUGGAAGCCCUGCAGAAGUGCUACGUGGCGUUGGCCCUUUUGAGUUUCUGACAUUUCACACUGGCCAGUUGCUACUGAAAAUGAAAAAACCCUGAACAGUUGCCUUGACCACUAAAUACAUGAUUCAUUGCUUCAUGUUGAGGUGGUGCCUUUAGUUCUUAGUUGUUUCUCUAAAAAAAUAUUUUGGCCACUUGUUUGUUCACCCUGAUUAUAUUUGUUCCCAUUUCUUAAAGAUAGUUGGCUUCUUCUUCAUCUGUGCUGUACUUACUGAAAAGCAAACAUGCAGAGAUGCUGUGCUGCUUUUCCAAGAUGUGCUGUACAUAGAGGGACCCUGGCUUGGGGAAAUGUGUUUUCAAUUUUCACUUUGAAACAUUCCUAUCAUGUUAAAAUUUACUCACUGGUUUGUCCCAAGAGAGAAAGAAAUUGCACUGCAUUUUUUCUAAUUUCAGUAUAAUCUGGUCCUACACUGACAACAGCACAUAUUGUAAAUGUAAAUAGAAAAAGGUACCUUAAAUGAGCAAUUGAAGAGAACACAUUUUAAUUGGGACUAACCCUCUGUAGGAUGAUGUUAAUGUCUUUUAAUGCUAUUGAUUUCAGAAGAGCCCUUGUUCACUGUAGAAUCAGAAAUUUCUCUGUAGGACAUCCUGCAAAUUCAACACCUCUUAUUUAAGGGUUUUAGGGUAUUUAUGGUUUUAUAUUGUAUUCUCUCUUAUGGUAUCUUUCUGUACAUCCAUGAAAAAGUGCCAUGAAUAAUUUCUAAUGAAUUGUACAAACUGGAUCCACUCCUCCCACUUCCUUAAAUAUGUCAGGCCCAUGUCUGCACCCCUGGGUUAGUGUCAGAAUUGCUGCUGGCUUAGUGCAGAGGAAGAGAUCCCAUUGUCUGUAGUUUCAAGCCCUCAAAACUUCCUAAGUGUCCUUUAUAAAAUAAACAAAAAAUACAGAAAAGAAAUUUGUGUUGCAGCUUGAAUAAGAAUAUAAACAGUGUUAACCUUUAAAUGUUUGUCUCUAUUAACUAUUUGAGGUGUUUUAAUAUACUACCAAAGAUUGAUGUGGUUCCUUUUACAAGAAGGUGCAAGGUAGAGAUGAACAUACCCUCUGCUGAGCACUCCUUCAUCCUUUGGAGGUUUUUGUCUGGUAGCUCUUUAAGUUGCACUGAUUUCCACAUCUUUAAUAUAUUAAGAGGCAGCCAUAAAAAUCAAAUAAGUUUAAAAAUAAGUAUCACACAUUAGAGAUUUUUUUUUUACAACUUUAUCUUGUACUUACAAUUUUAACUUGUAUUUAUGGAUUAAAACUGUGUAGUUAAUGAGCAUUAUUAAUUAAACACAUUUUCUAAAAUCCAAGCGUCUUGCUUCUGUAAUUGCUUUCUAGGAUGAAAUGUUACUGGUCCUGCUUUUUCAAACCUGUGUAUUUUA